UAUUCGCCAUGCGUCUCGUGUUCUUAACUUUUUUCUUGCAAUAUUCUUAUGCUUUUAAAUAUUUAAUUAUUUCCCCAAUAUACAGCUACAGUCAUGUGAAGUUUAUGAGUAACAUUGCUGAUACACUUGCAGAUCAUGGGCAUGAAGUUGUUGUAUUUCAACAGCAAAUUGUUGAAGCUUUGCGAGAUAAAAAAGUUAUCAAAAAUCCAGAUAUAAAAAUUAUCAACUAUGAAGCUAACACUGCUGGAAAAGAGUUCUACCGUAACCGCCCGAAAAGUUCAGUUACCAAAUAUUGGACUACCAAUCAGGCCGCAAAUCCAUCGGCGGCAGAUCAGUUUGCAGAGGCGAUGAGCAAGGACUUGGAGCAUAUGUGUCUACAAGUUUUCGAAGACAAAUCUCUUCACACAAUGCUAAAAUCAGAACAUUUUGAUGUUUUACUUGCGGAACCAUUUGAUCCUUGUGGUCUUUAUCUUGGAGACUAUCUAAAAAUUCCAUCAACCAUUGUUGCAAUGGCUUCAUCUAGAAUUGACCCAGUUCAGUGGGCUCUGGGGCAGCCUAGCGGUCUAAACUUUAUACCUGGACCAGAUAGCAAGUAUGGCGAAGAGUCUGGUGUUUGGGAUCGUAUUAACAAUGUUUGGAUGUUUUUUAUGAGAACUCGAAUGUUUCGAGCAGUUUAUUGGAAUCUUUUAGAUAAACUAAGAUUUAAAACUGGUCUUGAAAUCAGAAAUAUUGAUGAAAUCGUGGCCGAAAGUGCAUACUUAUUUUACAACUCAAAUCCAUAUCUUGAUUUUCCCUUUCCAUCUCUCACGAAAUGUGUCCCGAUCGGCGGAUUUUCAAUGAAUACUACCAAUUGGAAAUCUGAAAACUUGCCUGAAAAUUUGAAAAAUAUUCUUCAAAAACGACCAAACACCGUUUUCAUUUCAUUUGGAUCAGUGAUCAGAUCAGCUGAUAUGCCACAAGAAUACAAAAAUGCAAUAAUUGAAGUUACAAAAUUGAUGUCAGACGUUACAUUCAUCUGGAAGUAUGAAGACGAGAAAGAUGAAGAGAUGAGGGGAAACAUUCCAGAAAAUGUACAUUUGAUGAAGUGGUUACCGCAGCCAGCAUUACUUGCCGAUUCACGUGUUUCCCUGUUUAUUACUCAUGGCGGUCUUGGAAGUAUUAUGGAAGUUGCGUAUUCUGGAAAACCAGCAAUUGUGAUUCCCCUAUUUUUCGAUCAGCCGAUGAAUGGAGAAAUGCUUCGAAGACAUGGCGGAGCCGAAGUUUAUUCGAAAUUUGAACUUUCAAAUGCUAAAAAACUGAAGAAAGUUAUUCAAAAUAUGAUUCAAAAUCCAAAAUAUCUGGCGAACGCCAAAAAGCUAUCCAAUCUUCUUCAAAAACAACCAAUUAAUCCAAUCGAACGACUUGUGAAGCAUGCCGAGUUUGCAGCAGAAUUCAAGAAACUUCCCGAACUUGAUCCAUACUCGAGGCAUCUCAAUUUCUUUCAAUUCUUCUUUUUGGAUAUUGUGGCUACUUUGCUCAUUUUAUUCAUGUUGUCUGCGUUGUUUGUUUAUUGGAUAACUUACGUUAUUUGUUCGGUUAGGUCUAAAUCGAAAAUGGAAUGAUUUGAAAAUGAAAUAGUUAAAUUUAUU